AUGGUAGUGUUCAUUUACAUGGCUACCAUUGAAAUCUUCACAUUCUUCUUAUUCUUAUUCCUCUCCUUCCAUCCUCAAAGCGCUGCCACCUGCGGUCAAUCGAAAUGCUCCUACGAGGGCCCGGUGGUUCGUUUCCCUUUCAGCUGGAUAGGUUACCAACAAGCCUCAAAAAAUUGUGGGUGGCCAGGGUUUUCUCUCUCAUGCAACAGCAACAGUCAAACCAUCAUCACUCUGCAAUCUUCUAGGGAAUUCAUUGUCCAAAACAUCGACUACUUGUACCAAGUUGUAACGAUCAACGAUGGGGAUAACUGCCUCCCUAAACGGCUUCUCAACAACGACCUCGAUCUUGUAAAUUCACCCUUCUAUUACACGAACAGCCCUCUAAACUACACAUUCCUAAACUGCUCGUUCUAUUAUAAAAUUUGGUCUGCGCCCUUGAUCUCUUGCCUUAGCAGUGAGACAUACAAGGUCAUUGUUGUGCCGACGAGCUUCUUAUCGCCACCUGAUCACGAACCGUACCGUCGUUAUUGUGUUCCAAUGUCGACAACUUUGGUUCCAAGCUUAUUUGAUUGGCUAGAUCUUGACCUAGGAGCUCAGUUGACAUGGUCUAUGCCUGAUUGUCGUUAUUGUGAAGCAAGGGGUCUUGCUUGUGGGGCCAAUAAUGGCAGCAUUUCCAGCCCUAGGUGCUUUGGUCCGUCGGAACCCGCUCUCUCAACAGUUGUAAGGUAUUGCAUAGCGAUGGCCGCAGUAAUUUUAGGGAUAUUGAGCAUUGGGGCACUUGCAGUUUAUAUUUUUGACAAAAAAAGGGCUCGUGGUGAGCAUCGCCAACCCAAUAUGGAAUUAUCUAUCAUCACCUAUCAACAACCUUCUGUCGAGUUAUUUGGUCUUGAUCGUCCGACCAUCGAAUCGUAUCCCAAGAUUCAACUUGGUGAGAGGUCGGAAUUUCCAAAGCAACUCGUUGAUGACAAUACUUGCCCUAUAUGUUUGGGUGAGUACCAGCCAAAGGAAACCCUGAGGACUAUACCACAAUGCAACCAUUAUUUUCACGCUAAUUGCAUAGAUGAGUGGCUUAGAAGGAAUGCAACGUGCCCGCUUUGUCGACUUCCACCCAAAUAA